AUGAAAAACCAAGAAACCGGUGAUGAAGAGAAAAACAGGUGGCCUCCAUGGUUGAAAGCUUUGCUCGGAGAGAGCUUCUUUGAAAAAUGCAAGUUGCACCGUGUUUGCCGCCCCAAGUCUGGAUGCAAUAGGUACUGCUUGGAUUGCAUGGACGGUGCUCUCUGCUCUAUCAGUAUCAAAGACCACGAGGACCACCGUAUUGUUCAGAUAAGGAAUUCCACAAAUCAAGAAGUGAUUAGGGUCUGUGAUUUUCAAAAAAUUUUGGACCUUACAGGAAUCAAGAGAGGCAUCAUCAACGCGAAGAAGAUUUCACCAACAAAUGUGAGGCCUGCUGGUGCAGAAUCCCGGAGCCAUUCUUCUUUUGCUCUCUCAGUUGCAGGAUGGUGGGGACCCAAGAAUUUCCAAAAGAAGAAGAGGCACUCAGCUGCAAUGGUGUCAGACUCGGAGAACUUAUACAGUGGUAGCAGCCAUGGACGAGAGAAGAGCAAGGUUCAAGGAACAAAACGAAGAAAGGGAAUCCCCCAUCGUGCCCCAAUGGGAUGA